AUGGCAGACACAUAUCAAGCACCUUUCAAGAGUUGCAUCCAGCAGGGUAAUGCCAGCUGCUUGAUGUGCUCAUACAAUGCUGUGAAUGGAGUACCAGCAUGCACCAAUCGCGAGCUCUUACAAAAAGCUCGGACUGAAUGGAAUUUCAAAGGUUACAUAACUUCGGACUGUGAUGCUGUUGCCACAAUUUAUGAAGACCAAAAGUAUACAAAAACUCCGGAAGACGCAGUUGCAGCCGCCAUUAAAGCAGGGACUGACAUAAACUGCGGAACGUAUAUGUUGCGUCACAUGAAAUCUGCAGUUGAGCAGGGGAAAGUGUUGGAGGCGGAUAUUGAUCGAGCAUUACUAAAUCUUUUCACUGUACAGCUUCGGCUUGGGAUCUUUGAUGAUUUGCAUGGAAGUAAUCCGUUCAGAAACUUGGGACCGCAAGACGUGUGCACUGAAAAGCAUAGAAAAUUGGCUCUUCAAGCUGCAAGGCAGGGUAUUGUGCUUCUGAAAAAUGAGCAGAAACUUUUGCCUUUAGAUACACAUUUUGUCUCGUCACUUGCCAUUAUUGGUCCUUCGUCUAAUUCAACUGACAUGGGAGGUGGCUAUACAGGAGUUCCAUGCAACCCAAUAAGCAUCUUCCAAGGACUUAAAGAAUAUGUCAAUAAUGUCCAUCAUGCUACGGGUUGCCAGGACGUAUCUUGCACUUCAACUGUUCAUUUUGCGCAAGCUAUUUCUGUAGCCAAACAAGCAGACUAUGUGGUUGUGGUUGUUGGUUUGGAUUUAUCUCAAGAAAGAGAGGAUCACGACAGAUACAGCCUUCUUUUACCUGGCCAUCAGAAGGAACUCGUUACUGCUUUAGCUUCUCAUUCUCUGGAUCGGUUAUCCGGGGAGACUGCUGGUACAUCCCUUGCAGAAAUCAUUUCAGGACAAUAUAAUCCAGGUGGAAGACUACCCAUGACUUGGUACCCCGAAUCGUUCACAAGCGUGCCCAUGAGUGACAUGAACAUGCGACCUGACCCUACCCGCAACUAUCUAGGAAGGACUUACCGGUUUUACACUGGAGACACGAUAUAUAAUUUUGGAUACGGGCUAAGUUACACGAGCUUCACAUACAAACUUCUAUCAGCACCCAAAAAAUUGAGUCUUAAUUAUUCUAAACGGCGGAGGGACAUGCUGUAUUAUAUAAAAGGCAAAACCCUCGAUUAUAUCUAUAUUGAUGAGGUCCCAAGUUGCAGUUCAUUGAGAUUUCAAGUGCAGAUUGGGGUGACGAGCAAUGGGGACGUCCAUGGGAAUGAGGUGGUGCUAUUAUUUUCAAAAGCAGUUACGAAACUCGAAGGCUCUCCUGAAAAGCAGCUAAUCGGGUUUGAGCGUAUCCAAUUAUUGUCUUAUGAAGCUGUUGAAACUACGUUUGUAGUUGACCCGUGCCAACAUUUUAGCUUUGCAGACGAGCACGGGAAUAUGGUACUGCAUACAGGUGAUCACAUUCUGAUGUCUGGAGGUUUAGAUCAUAUUAUUUCGGUUAACGUGUGA